UAGACGUCCGAAGAAGCAGAGCUCUCGGGAACUGUGUCUGCAGCCGGACUGCAAGGCCAAUCAUAACACUGACAUUUCAUAUUCAAGCUAGAACCAUUUUACGACGAUUCGUCCUCGAGUGAACUUACUGAUAUCAGAGAUGAGUUUUUCCACGCUGUUUUUUGCAAUCGUACUCGCCUUGGCUUCCUUACACAUGGUCACAAGCACAAGAAGCUCAGGGGCUGGCCCAGGAUCAACCACCGCUAAUUCCAUAGAGGAACAAACAAAUCGUGAAAAAAACAUCGUGAAAGCCGGAGUCAGCAGAGGUCUGGAGGAAUGCCAACGGCUUUUUAAGGACCAGGUCUGGGACUGCAGUUUUUAUAACAAAAGCGUGAAUGGAGAAUUACCCGACUUCGUGCAAAGAACUCUCCCUUACGCCAAUAAGGAGACGGCGCUUUUACAUGCAAUUACCGCCGCUGGCAUCUUUCAAGAAAUCAUUUCCCAGUGCGAUGCUAACAAAAUCAUCGAUUGCAGUUGUGACAAAAAAGGACGGCGAUCGCCUGGAUGCAAAGACAAACUGUCGUUUGCCGAGAGGACCACCCUGAGACUCCUAACAGUUCGACGCCCAUGGAACGACGAACGAAGAAAAAUCGACACUGACAAUCAGCAAGUGGGAAUAAAGGUUUUCAAGAAGAGUUAUAAUCGCAAUUGUCCUAGAGCUCGUAAGAAUUGUAAUACUUUUCAAGACGUUGCUAAUGAACUCAAAAACAAAUAUGACUCUGCCAUCAACAAGACGAACAAGCCGCUCUCUGCUGGGGUUUUCCAAAGAAAUACUAUGCAAGUACUGACUUACCGGGAUCCGUCACCUGAUUACUGCGUGCGUAAUGUGACCGCUGGCUCACCGGGCUUGAAAGAAAGAGUUUGCGGAAAUAGUGGUAGAAAAACACGCCAAUGCAGAUCACUUUGUAGACGAUGUGGCCUGAAACUCAAGAGAGUCAACUGCACAAAUUGUUCAGUAAAGAAUACAGUAACAGUCUGCAAGCAGAAGAACCCCAAGCAUUAGAGUCAAGCCUGGCGUAGAUGUUGAAAUUGAGAAACUAUUCUUUUGUCAUUAUAAUGAAUAACUUAGCCUUAUUGUCAAGGCAAUUCUAUUUACAAAAACCCGUCGCAUUUUAGUCUUUUAAGUCAGGCGCCUUUUAAUUUCAGGCUCCUGAAUCAACCGCUUGUAGGUUUUAGUGAUACAGUAACUUUUGUAAUUUAUGCUAAUAUUGCCACGUCUAUAUUAUCAUAUACUGAACUUGAGAGUACUUAGAAACACGUUCAUCGACCGCCUUCCAAGAGGAAAGUACCUAUAUUUAUAAUACAAGUUUGUUGAUAUAUGCCAUUUGCUUAUACUUGGUAUGGCCUUAGAGUACCAUAAAUAGUUCACACUUUGUAAUAAGCUGUGCUGCUUGGAAUUGGUAUUUUUUAGUAGAAAUAUUUUAGCCCGUCCCUUUAAGAUAUUUGAAGAAUUCCCAACCUCUCAUAAUUUUACACUACAAUGUGCAGUUUUAAACAGGCACAGCAAAAGAUCUGCUAAAGAAAAUAUUUUUGCGAAGUUAUAUAUGUGUAUUCAUUUGUUGCUAAAUCUAGACACGAUGAUUGAAAAGUGAAUUUUGUUAAGUUCUUGUUACUGAAAGUCUUUCUCCAAGCACCUGAAGGUAGUUCAACUGAAAACUCAUUUUGAUGAAAACUAGAUGUAAACUAAUAAUAAAUGACCAGGCGCAUCUAAGGAAUAUGUGUUGGCUUUGUUUAAAAACUAUUUCCUCUGGAAACAAUUUAUCCUAUUUACAAACUAACAAAUAAAUUGAUAAUAAUGGUGUUUGUAAAA